AUGCAUCGAACCAAUGUCCAAUGGUUCAUUUCAUGGCUCAGCCAACUGACUGACGACGAGACUGGGCUCUCUUUGUGGAGUUGUUUCAGCAGCCCCACAUGGAACUCUCAACACCCAUUGGAAACCCCUCAUCCUUCAAGCCGACAUGUCCAACUUACGAUGGCAAUAGUGAAGCAGAAUGAGAUGGUAGACACAAAACUUGGCCAUGUCGGCUCAACAGGAAGCUGA